CUCCCCUUUCCUUUCCACACCUAGCCCACCAUGUCGUCGGCUCUCAACGCGAUGAAGAUUCGCCGCAAGAAGAAUGUCAAGAAGGGAAUUCAGUUCUGUUUGAUGGUGUGCGGUGCUAGCGGAACUGGUCGCACAACCUUCGUCAACACUCUCUGCGGAAAGAAGGUGCUGGAGGGCAAGGAGGCCGAUGAUGCAGAGCAUGCCCACAUCGAGGAGGGCGUUCGCAUCAAGCCCGUCACUGUUGAGCUCGAGCUGGACGAGGAAGGCACCCGCAUCUCCCUAACCAUCGUUGAUACCCCCGGAUUCGGUGACCAGAUUGACAACGAGGCGAGGCAUCCUCCCCUCUUGCUAACACCCCCUCACAGCUUCGGCGAGAUUGUUGGAUACCUCGAGCGUCAAUACGAUGAUAUUCUUGCAGAGGAGUCCCGCAUUAAGCGUAACCCCCGUUUCAGGGACAACCGUGUGCACGUGUUGCUCUACUUCAUCACACCUACCGGCCACGGUCUCCGCGAACUCGAUAUCGAAUUGAUGAAGCGCCUUUCCCCCCGUGUCAACGUCAUUCCCGUCAUUGGCAAGGCCGACUCCCUCACCCCCGCAGAAUUGGCCGAGUCCAAGAAGUUGAUCAUGGAGGACAUUGAACACUACCGCAUCCCCGUCUACAACUUCCCCUACGACAUUGAGGAGGAUGAUGAGGACACUGUUGAGGAGAACGCCGAGCUCCGUGGACUGAUGCCUUUCGCCAUCGUUGGCUCCGAGGACUUUGUUGAGAUUGAUAACCGGAAAGUGCGCGCCCGACAGUACCCAUGGGGUGUGGUCGAGGUUGAGAACCCCCGGCACUCCGACUUCCUGGCCAUUCGCAGCGCCCUCCUCCACAGCCACUUGGCUGAUCUGAAGGAAAUCACUCACGACUUCCUCUACGAGAACUACCGUACCGAGAAGCUCAGCAAGAGCGUGGACGGUGCUGUUUCUGGCAUCGACUCUUCUAUGAACCCCGAGGACCUUGCCUCCCAGUCCGUCCGUCUCAAGGAGGAGCAGCUCCGCCGCGAGGAGGAGAAGCUGCGCGAGAUCGAGCUGAAGGUGCAGCGCGAGAUUGCCGAGAAGCGACAGGAGCUGUUGGCUCGCGAGAGCCAGCUCAGAGAGAUCGAGGCUCGCAUGGCGCGCGAGGCCAGCCAGCACAAUGUCAGCGAAGCCGCCAAUGGGGAGGCUUAG